UAAGCCCCUUAGUUUUAUCUCUGACUUCAGCAAAGAUGAGUCACGGAGACCGUUACACCUCGUCGUCCUACCGGAAGAUUUUCGGGGAUUCUCCCAAGUUCCCCGUGUCCUCCUCUCGCAUGGGCAGCGCCUCUCACCGGGGCUCCCCGGGGCUCAGGUCCAUGGCUGGCUCCCGCAACAGCGGGUCCUCCCUGAGCCUGUACAGACGGAUCGGUCGCUCCACCUCUUAUUCUCCGGUACCCAGCGACUCCCUAGACUUGACCCAGACCUCCGUGGUCAACAAUGAAUUCAAAGUUAUUCGAACUAACGAGAAGGAGCAGCUGCAGGGUCUGAAUGACCGCUUCGCCGUGUUCAUUGAUAAAGUGCGCCACUUGGAGCAGCAGAAUAAGGUGUUGGAGAUGGAGCUGGUGUCACUGCGGCAGAAGCAGGGCGAGCCGUCCCGUGUGGCUCAUCUCUACCAGCAGGAGCUGAUAGAACUGCGCUCGCAGGUGGAUGAGCUGAGCCGGGACAAAAACCGCAUCCUGAUCGAGAGGAACAACAUGGAGGACGAGCUGCAGAAGCUCAGUGUGAAGUAUGAUGAGGAGAUGAGGGUACGGGAGGAAGCUGAGCAGACCUUGAGGUCCUUCCGGAAGGAUGUGGAUGACGCCACAGCCGUUCGCCUGGACCUGGAGCGCCGUGUGGAGUCACUGAUGGAUGAAAUCUCCUUCCUGAGGAAAGUACACGAUGAGGAAAUCCACGAGCUGAGCAGCAUGAUGGAGGAGCAGCAUGUCUCCGUGGAGCUCGAACCCGCCAAACCGGACCUCACCUCGGCUCUGAAGGAGAUCCGCAACCAGUACGAGUCCAUCGCCUCCAAAAACCUGCAGUCUGCCGAGGAGUGGUACAAGAGCAAGUUUGCCAGCCUCAGCGAGCAGGCCGCCAGGACCAACGAGGCCAUGCGGGCUAGCAGGGAGGAGAUCAGUGAGUUCAGGAGGCAGCUGCAGUCCAAGACGAUUGAGAUAGAGUCCCUGAGGAGCGCCAACGAGUCUUUGGAGAGGCAGAUCACAGAGAUGGAGGACGCACACAACGCUGAAGUCACAGCCAUGCAGGACACUAUUGGCCAUCUGGAUACUGAGCUGAGGAACAUGAAGGGUGAGAUGGCCCAGCACCUGAGAGAGUAUCAAGACCUGCUCAAUGUCAAGAUGGCCCUGGAUAUAGAGAUAGCUGCCUACAGGAAACUGCUGGAGGGGGAGGAGACUCACUUUAACUCAGGGAUAUCCUUUGGUGCUGCCAGCUACAGCUACCAGCCUCGAGCGUCAGCGUCCAGGAGCAGCCAGAGGGAGAAAGAGGGGGCCACCAAGGAAAGCUUCAAGGAGAGCAGUGAGGAUAAAGAUGAGGCAGACAUCAACUCCAACAACUGAAGGAAGACAGGCAGGGAAAUCUGGAAAGUGGGAAAAGAGAUACGCCGUAUAUGUAUAGUAUAGUGAGUUCAUAGUCACAUACCGUAUUUGUUAAGUGCAACGCUAAGACGUUGUGGAAUUAGAGCUGGGUGAUUAGCAACAUCUUGUAGCUGAAACGUUCUUCUAAUAAAUACAACAUUGGAUGUUUUUCCUGGGACAUUGGUCUCAGCAUAGGCGCCGAUUUAUGUUUUCCUCCGUGGGUGCUCACAGGCGCACGCCCUUUAAAAAAAUAAAAUAAAUAAGUAGUCAAAAGAUGUUUGCAUUUCAGAACCUUAGGAAAUGGACAGUAGCCGACACAAACACACACACGCCUAUUGACUCGAAAAUAAAGCCAUAAAGUAGGCUAUAUUUCAACUCAGGACAUCGCCACUUCUCACAAAUACAGAUAGGAUUGGAGAUGAGAAGUUUAACUGACACAUAACCGCGAUCAGCUUUGUGGGAAAUUAAGAAUCAAUGCCACCUGUCUAGUAGCCUAGGCCUAAACAUGAAUUAGUAGACCUGGGCCUGGCUAUCGAAACGAACUGGAUUAACAGAGAUUCAUUCUACCAGACCUUAAAAAACUCUGCAUCUUUCUAAACAGUUGCAUAACUAAAGAAGGUGUAAAACAAGGGUAAAUAUUGGAGAUGCAUUGUGCGCUAAGUGGGGGGAUGGAGGGGGGGUCACUAAAAGAGGUCACAGAGAUCACACUAUGACAGACGCUCCACUUAGCACCAACUGCAAUGUUUAAUUUUAAAUGAAGUCUGGCACACAUGGGUGCUCAGUAUUUUCCAUGGGUACUCGAGCUCCGGAGCACCCACGGUAUCAGCGCCUAUGGGUCUCAGCAUUUAGAUGAUCUUUGGACUCCUCUAAGCUUUGUUUCAUUUAUUUCACACGUCAUUAUUGUAUAAUUAAAAUACAAUUUCAGAAGGUACAAUGAUCAUAUGUAGGCCACGUGAAAUGGGGAUCCCCAAACAAGCAACUAAAAGCUUUUUGGAGGGGGCCCAAGCAAACAUUCAACACUUCCUACCAAAGGAAAAUGACCUGAAAAUCUGUACUGUACGUCCCUAUAGGAAAUAAACAUGUUGCAUAUAUAAAUAAUAAAAAAUAUGUGACCAGGUAUUGAAUGUUCUGGGGAUGGAUUCUCAUUUUGCUGCUGAUGAGAUUGCACUGAAACCUGUCUGGAUUGCUCAGAUUGAGUCUUCAUUUCUUAAAAGAAAGACACCAAAUGUUUGUGUAGUUCCACUUCUGUUGUUGCAGCAUCCUUUCAAUGAACUUGUGCUAUGAAGUUAGUCAAGACUAUAUCAGCUGUUAAAUUUGAUGUCCUUAACGUUUUCUAAGUUUUAGUUUUAACGUGAGAGAGGUAAGGUUCAAAGUGUAUAGCAACAGUCACUCUAUACGUAUUAAAGCACUUUAGGGUGUAUGGAGGACAGCAGUGUUUUGCAUUGUUUGGUUGUAUGGUAUGACAUUACAACGGUUGGUUCACAUGGUUUAUUACGAUGUACAUAAUGCAUUAGCUGUGAAAAACAUUCAGAAAAUGCAGUCCAACUGGUAGUACAUAUCAUCUCACCUGGCUGCAGUGUCAAUGUAUACAACUAGUGGAAAACCACUCACUGUUGGUUUAGUUGCACUGAAUAACGCAAUGAAUAAAAUGACAAAUUGACUGAC